AAUAAAUUUAAAAAAAUGUCACGAAUAGAAAACUUGAAAUUAAGUGAAAUUUGUGUAUCUCUACAGUCUGAUGAUAAGAAAAAACGAUUACAAGUUUUAGAGAAACUACGUGACAUCGUUAGUGAUGAUGCUGAGCAAUGGAGUGAACGUGAAAUUUUAGAAAUUUGGCAAAUAAUGAAUAAGCAUAUGGUAAAAAUAUUAACUGACCCGGCAGAAUCUUGUCGUGAUUUAGCCAUUGAAAUAAUUAAAAUAUUUAUUAAUUCAUUACCAAUUAUUGAAAAAAAUAUUAUGUACAUUAUUCCUAUUUUUGUUCGUCGUUUGGGUUCUCAAGAACUUUUAGAACCUUCAGAAGAAGUUCGUCUCAAUUGUAUUAAUCUUCUUCGUUUAAUAAUAAGUUUUUAUAAAGAUCAUUUAUCUGUUUAUAUUGAUGAUUUUGUAACAAUUUUAUCUAAAACUGUUACUGAUAACUAUCCAAAAGUUAAGAGAGAAAGUUGUGAGGCUAUUUCAGAACUUGCUAAAACUAUUCCCGUUCAAUUUUAUUCUAAAAGUGAAAUUUUGAUAAAACCAAUACUUAGUAAUUUUACUCAUCAACAUUAUCGAGUAAGAGUGAGUAGUGUUAAAGCUAUUGGCGAUGUUGUUCAGUAUGGGAAUAAUAAAUCUAUUGAAGAAGUUUCAACACCAUUAGCUGAAAGACUUUUUGAUCAAAGUGGAGCCGUCAGAACAGCUGUUAUUGAAGUUGCUGGUUACUGGCUUUUAAAUUUACGAGAUAGAUAUAGUUGGUGGUACAGAUUAAUUCCACUUCUGGUCACUGGUCUCCAUGAUGAAAUUAUGGAAAUACGAUUAAAAGCUCAUGAGCUCUGGGAUGCAACUGGAUGCCUUUUUUUACAAGAAAAUGAUUCCGAUGAAAAAAUUAAAGACAAAAUGGAUUUCUUGACAGAAAAUCUUGAUCAUUAUCCACCCAACAUUAAAAGACCAAACUUGGGAUGCAGAUUAAUUGUUCAGCGAAAUAUUGGUAAACUUGUCGGUGGAAUAGUGAGAGAACUUGGAGACUGGAAGCCUGAUAUUCGCGUUAGAUCUGCUCAAUUGUUAGCAGUACUGACAUUAAAUGCUGAAGAAGAUAUUACACAACACAUUGAAAAAUUACUCCCAGGAAUGUAUAGAGCUUGUAACGAUCAAGAUUUGAGGGUAGUAGAUAAUGUAAUAAUAGCUGCAGAAUAUAUGGGUUACUUUGUUCCACCUGAAACCUAUUGUCGAUUAGUACUUCCAACUUUAGAAGAUAGUAAUAUUUCUGCUGGUCAUUUAGCAGUUUUUGCUGCUUUUCUACGUUGUACUGAACGUCAAUCUCUUGUCAAUAAACUCGAAGAUAUUGGAAGUUUUCUUAAAUUAUCACACAUUUGUCGCAACAAAAAAGCUGAUUAUCAACAAAAAAUUUUACGAUGUUGUCAAGCCAUCAUGAGUGUUUCUAAAGAAGACUGUAAUGUAAUAUCGAAUUAUUUGUUUACAAUCAUUUUUACCGUUUGGUCAAUGUCACAGCAAGAAGAUAAUAAAAUUUUUGCCAAGCAACUAAUGGAAAGCUUGAUUGUUAUUACAAUGAGUGAAAAUUUUGACGAUUUAUUUGAAAAUAAUUUACGCGAAAUUUUAAUAGAUAUUAAAAAUACAUCAAAAAGUUGGACUAUGUAUAGUCCAGAAGUUUAUAUAUUUAAAUUAUGUUUAACAGAAGCAAAGUCAGCAACUGCACAGAAUAUGGAUAUUGUUUUACCAAUUUUAAAAGACAUAAUGAACAAUGAUUCUGAUGCUGAAUUACGUCUUAAACUUUUUAUCAUACUAUCAGAUUUUCUUAAAAACCGACAUAAAACAUUGAAACUAAUAAAAAACUCAACGGAAUUUAUUAUAGAUUUUUUUGAUAAUAUUUUGAUGCCGAAAUUAAUUUGGUCGGCUGGUAAGGUUUCUGAAACUUUAAGAACUGCAGCUGUUGGUUGUUUAUGUGCUCUUUUUGAUGAUUCAACUUCAAUUGAUAGCAAUAAAUUAAAAUCACGAUUCAGUGACAUAGAAAAUGAUUCCAGUGACAUUUUCAAUGAUAAAAAAUUGAUACCUAUUUUUGAAAAACUUUUACCAAUUUUAAUGUCAUUGAUUGAAGACAAUGCCAAAAAAACAAGACUGUAUGGAUUACGAGCAAUAUAUCUAACGUUAAAAAUUGGUUUGAAAUUAUCUUGUAUAUCAGACGAUGAUGUUAUUAAAAUUUAUCCAGCAGUUAUUAAAAGAUUGGAUGAUGGUUGUGAUGAUAUAAGACGUGGAGCGGUGGAAGCUCUUGUAUUUGUUUGGCGAGCAUUAUCUAAAAAUUAUGAUUUAGAUUUUGGAAAAAGUCAUAUUGAUUAUUUAUAUACAACUAUGAUUGUUCAUCUAGAUGAUCCAGAAAUUGAAUUUCAAAAUUUGAUGCUCUCCGCCAUGAUGGAACUCGCAAAAAUUCAUCCAGAAUUAUUAGCAGAUAAGAUAAUAAAAU